GAAAAGACAAUACCAAUAGUCCAAUGGCAAUUAACCAAAAAUCAGCCUUUUUUUCGUACUGGUCAGUUGCCGACAGAGGAAGUGGGUACGUCCGAGCGUCUUGUAGUUAUGUUACCAUGGAGCUAAUCCUCGAGAUCCAUUUCACGAAAGCAAUCACCAAUAUUGCCGAUGUACAGUGGGCAGCGACCGAAGAGAGCAGGUGGUCCACUGGCCGGGUAAUGCACACCUACAACAGUACCGUCUGCAACAUGGGCAGCACCGGCCACAUCGUCACUGUCAACGGUCCCAAAUGCCCAAGGGACAAUGCUGCACGCCGUCAACGUGAUCGACUACUACGUGAUCCCGAAACACGAUUAUGGGAACGUCUCUUGGGGCACCACACCAGUGCGGGUCGUCUGUACGGAGCAUGGAGGCCGAGUGAGCCUGUCGUCGGGUACAAGGCAACCGUCUUGGUUCUACGGAAGUGCCGCUGUCAACGGGAUGUGCAGUCAGGACAGACGGGUUACAAUCACCGUGAGUCUCAGUCAUCCGGCAGGUGGAUUGGAAGAGAUCCAAUAUAUCCUGGCGAGAACGAGCUUGUGGGAUGGUUCACUUCCCUGGGAGACGUGCUCAUCGUCUAACUGUGCACUGUCAGCCGACAGCCAAAGGAUAACUAUCUCCACCACGGUGACGUACGAUGACGUCAGCUUUGCCGUGAACGUGAUUGGUCAGGAAGUGACGGAGGCGUUGCCUUUCAAUUGGAGACGACAGCCAGAGGAUCCGUUGUGAUAGGCAGCCCGUCGUCAACCCCGUUAUCGGGCAGAGAGUGAAACUCACCGGCAAAUCCUUCGACCUGGAGCUGUCGGCGCCGGGGCAGCACAGCGGAGCUGACCCGAACACCACGCGGAAGUUUGUGGCUUUACUUCUCCGAGGAGAUGCGACUGGUGUUCCCGGC